AUGCUGACGGUGGAGUGGAGCCGCGCCGGGGGCUGGGGGCGCCCCCAGAUCCGCCCCUUCCAGGAGCUGCGGCUGCACCCGGCCUCGUCCGCCCUGCACUACGCCGUGGAGCUCUUCGAGGGGCUCAAGGCUUUUCGGGGCGACGACGACAAAAUUCGGCUUUUCCGCCCCGAGCUGAACAUGGAGAGGAUGCAGAGAUCGGCCCGCAGGGUCUGCCUGCCCGAGUUCGACGGGCGGGAGCUGCUCGAGUGCAUCCGGGCGCUGGUGCGGCUCGAGGGGCGCUGGGUGCCCCGGGACCCCCGGAGCAGCCUCUACAUCCGGCCCGCGCUCAUCGGCACCGAGCCCGCUCUGGGGGUGGCGCCCCCCGGGCGGGCGCUGCUCUUCGUGCUGCUCUGCCCGGUCGGGCCGUACUUCCCCAGCGGCUUCGGGCCCGUGCGGCUCCUGGCGGACCCGCGGCACGCGCGCGCCUGGCCCGGCGGCGCCGGACACUGCAAGCUGGGCGGGAAUUACGGGCCGUGCCUGGAGCUGCAGGAGGCGGCGCGGGCCCGCGGGUGCCACCAGGUGCUGUGGCUGCACGGCCCCGAGCGGCACCUGACCGAGGUGGGCACCAUGAACCUCUUCGUCUUCUGGGAGCGCCCGGACGGGGGGCUGGAGCUGGUGACCCCCCCCCUGGACGGGCUGAUCCUGCCCGGGGUGACCCGGCAGAGCCUCCUGGAGCUGGCCCGGCAGGUGAGUUCGAGGUGCGCGAGGCCCCCCUGCCCAUGGGCAGCGUUUUGGGGGCGCUGCGGGGGGGGCGGCUCCGGGAGAUGUUCGGGGCCGGCACCGCCUGCGUCGUCUGCCCCGUGGGGGAGAUCCUGUACCAGGACAAGCUGCACGCGGUGCCCACCAUGGAGAACGGCCCCGAGGUGGCCGGGAGGUUCCUGCGGGAGCUCAGCGACAUCCAGUACGGCCGCGUCCCCAGCCCGUGGGCCCAGCCCGUGUGACCCCCCCCCAAAAAAAGAACCAGCACCGGACACUCCGGGGGGGUCACGGGACCCCCCAAAAAUGCACCAAAAAUGGGGGAGGGGCCCGGACUUCCCCUCCCCCACCCUCAAAUCCCUCUCUGGGGGGUCCCAAAUCCCCUCCCCCCCCAAAAAAAAACCACUCCAGACCCUUUUUGGGAGGGGGGGUCCCCAAAUCCCCCCCAGCCCCUCCCCAGCUCAGCCCCUCCCCCCCCGUGCAAUACUCUGAGCUGACCCCUCCCCUCCCCCACCCCGGUUUUGGGGUCCCUCCUCCCCAAUUUGGGGGGUCCCGCCCCUCCCCCUCCCCCCCAGUGCCUUGGGACCCCCCUCCCCCCCCCAGUGCUUGCAGAGCCUUAAACGACCCCUCCCCCCACAGCCGGGACCCCUCCCCCACCAAAGGUCAGCGGGGGUCGUUAAUAAUAAACAGCGAUUAAUGAUG